AUGUCACAAACAGUCACCCGAUGUCAACUGCCGUCUCCUUCUCUGAUAUCAAAUGGACCAAUGGGGAUGUCAGAACCAAAGAGCGUGAAGUCAGUCGGCCGCACCACAUCCGCUGAACUUGACCUCAGCGACACGGGAUCACAAAAUCCUGGCUACCGAUCCUCGUCUUCUGAAGAUGACCUCGACCCUCCAGCAGUGAUUGGACAGACCGGUGUGUAUAACUGUGCAAAACGGAACGGAAUGACCCCAACACUUGAUUAUUCUAUCGGACAGACGGACGCCGAGAUUUCCUACGAUUCCGGAGAGUUUCCAGAAAGAAACGAAAAAGUGUCGAGAGAAGAACCCAUUGGGCGAUUUCAGUAUGAUGCACGUGGACACGCCCUUUCAGAUACUUGGAAUUCCACCUCACCGAAAAAGUGCACAUCCUUCAGUACAGCAGCGGAUGAGGCUGAACAGUCGGCGAGCCUGCCCACAACCUCUGGAGAACAGGCUUAUGAAGACACAACGGCAAUGGGUCCAGAAGUAGACAGUGAUGAACAUCAGAGGCCAAAAGACUGUGUUAGUCUCCCGACGACAGACAGAACUGUGCAAAACCACAAGGACGGCAGAAACUCACCGCAAAAUAUCUCCAGUCGGGGUACACUGAAUGAGUCAAAAACACCGGUUGUUGGAAGAGAUAGUUUGACCAGCCGGGCAGCUCAUAAAUUUGAGUUUUCCGAGACUCGAACCCAAAGGAAACCACAUCCAUCUGGCCUGAAACUAGGAAACAAAGAUCGAGAGAAGGGAAGGGAGUGCGUAGCUGAGGAAGCCAACCGAAGCCAGCUACGAGAACACAGAUUCCAAGAAAGCACAUCCCAUUCGCCCGUAUCAGAACGUUCCAAACCUUCGAAAUCCGCUACAUUCCAAACGAAUCGCCAGUCGCAUGGCAUCCUGGACUUUUCCGGUGAACGCGAUAGAAAAAUGCCCAAAGCAGAUGGGUCGAAUGGCACCCAAAAACCACACAACGCUUCAGGUUACAGUCCAUACCACUCAGACUCAUUAGGUCACUUGUUCACGCUGGAUAACGCCGCUUUGGCAGCCAGUUUACAUUCUUCUCCGCUACUCUCAGCACAUUCAAAUUCGAAUCGACCGGAAGAUGCGGAUAGCGGCUAUAUGAAUUUACCUACGGGCGAUCAGAGCAGUGGAGAAAGUGGCAAUUGUUCAAACGACCCAUCUAUGUCCAUCAACAGCUGUCUACCACCCAUGUUAGCCGCGGCUGCCAUGGCUGCCUUAACCGGGGGCCGGUUUCCCACCGGUUCCACCAUGGGUCACUUUAAUCCACUAUUCCCACAAUCAUCCGCGAACCUACUUCCGGCACACAUGAAAAACUAUGACGCACCUAUGGAACCCGGGUGUCUGGAUGGAAUUCACAGAGCAUCCGGGAACUACGGGUCAUCUUUAACAGGCUCAGGGCAAGCAAACGAUUUCUUAUCACCCAUGCGUGCAAUGUAUAACACCUCAAAGUUGCUUUUCGGUGGUGGCUCCGAUGACAGAACAAUUUGCACUCCACCACCGCCAUCACUCUCGGCCUCUGCAAGCCCACAACCAGCCGGUUCCAGAGGAUUCUCCAAGUCCAGCAGGAUCGUGUACAACAACCAUUUGGUAAAUGAAGAUGACGACUGUGAAGAGGAGCAAGAGGAAUUGGAAAGUAUGGAACCAGACCACGUGGGACCUGAGGGCUCCAGUUCUAUCGGUGGACAACAAUGGACUUUUGAGGAACAAUUCAAGCAGCUUUAUGUUUUGUCAGACGAUCCGAAGCGAAAGGAGUUCCUGGAUGAGCUGUUUGCCUACAUGCAGCGUCGUGGAACACCGGUCAACCGCAUCCCAAUCAUGGCUAAACAGGUGCUUGACCUGUAUGAACUCUUCCAACUGGUUGUUGCUCGUGGUGGCCUGGUGGAAGUGAUCAACAAGAAACUGUGGCGUGAAAUAACAAAAGGCUUGAACCUGCCGUCGUCCAUAACCAGUGCCGCUUUCACUCUGCGAACCCAAUAUAUGAAGUACCUCUACCCUUAUGAAUGCGACACAUUGGGCUUGAGUACACCGAGUGAACUGCAAGCCGCGAUCGACGGGAAUCGAAGAGAAGCACGCCGUUCUUCCUACACAUUUGACUAUCCAAUGAUGGUCACACCUACGGGAUCAAAUAGACCUUUGACACCCUCAAGUCUUAUUGCGGCUCAUUCGUCCAAUUCACAAAUGUCUAGUUCAGGACCCAUGCCUCUUGGAUCAAUUCUUUCUGGUUCUGGGCUCAACGGAUCUCCCUCGUUUCACUCCACAAUGGGCGGUUCCGGUAUGAAUACUGGGAUACCAACAUUGUCCGGUGUCACUCUCCCCUUUGGGGCGAAUACCCCAAUCGGUAUGAGUUCCCAACUCAACCCACUCCAUCCACUGUUUGGCUUUCCUCCUGGAUCAACACCACCGGGUCUGAACCUCUCAUCUUCAUCAGUACACCAGGCCGGUGCUGGUGUUACUACCAUGUUUCCAACAAAUCUCUUACCUCCGAUUUCGUCCACCACAGGAUCUUCUGUCGGCAGUGGACCGCUUCAGUCCUAUACUUCGGGAAGCACAGACCCGACCCUUGGUUCCCCUACUCACUCGUCCGGCUAUUUGAUUCCUGGAAUUCCGAACAGUUUUGCCGCCGCUGCGGCCACUUUGUUCGGGGCGGGGUUCCCUCCACUGCCGGGUGCAUUCGUGGCCGGAAAUCCUCAUUCACAACACAAUAUGGUAGAUUCUACGAUAGCUGGUCAACGGUUAAACGCAGGUUCGAACCAGCCGCGUCAUAGUCCGUCCAGCGACGGCUCUCACAAAACUGGUCUGCACCGAGCUCAGCUACGAGGAAAAUCAGAUCUGGCGGAAGGAAGAAAGCCUCCGCUUAGGAGUUGUCUAUUAGAAAACGCCAAGCGCGGCCAAUUUUCACUCGUCUCCGUGGACAAAGAGCAAGUUGGACAUAGACUCAACUGGAGCACCGUUCACACAUCGACACAAGAGAGAACGAAGAAACAACGUGAAUUCAUAGAAGCCUGGCACUCCACUAAUAAAGCCAUCAACAAACACAUCAAAAUCGACCCAGUCUAUCGACCAUUACAAGCAAAAGAAAUACGGGACUACGGAACGCAGAGGCGGACAAACAAACAAGCAAUCAGGCUGAAGAAGGCUGGACAACUUUCGUCGGGUGUUACUCAUCACAACCGUGGUGGCGAAGAUGCCGAUCGUGACCGAACAAGCUCCGUUUCCCCAUUGAACCUGACGGCCACAGAAGAACCAAUGGAUUCGCAGUCCACAAAAGAAUCCAGUACGUACGACGAUGAACCCUACUCAUCUGAUCAAAACCCCAACUCUCCAAGUGAACAGCAACACUUUGGUCAAGAGAGACGAGAAAAAAUUUUUUCUGGAGACCGCAAGGACGAGAAGCGGCGAGAAGCCCUACCUGGAACUCAGGCCAUUCGACGACAUCAUCAUCUUCAGAGGUGUGCGCCUCGUCCACAUCUCUCUCGUAGCCAGAACAAAGAGCAAGCGCCACUGAGUGAUGUGAAAAAGCGGAGUGAUAUGGAAAUUUGUUCACCCGAGCUAAAUGGAACGGAAAAGGAAGUGAAGUGGAUGUAUCCUGGAUGUGGGCAGAGUGGUGGUCAACGAUCGAAGAUGGCUUUCACUAGUACAAAUAAUCUGACACCCGUCGAACCGGAGGAGUCGAGCCGCUUCUGCAACGACAUGAAAUUGUGUUAUCAUUAUCUCGUCCUGACGAACGAUUGUAAUUCCUGCAACCUCCCUGCGAAGCUAACAAGUUGGCGUCCUCGAGUCCCUGUUAACUAUAUGUUCUACUUGAACCCAAAUCGGACUGUUUUGAAGAAACAGACUCAUUUGCAAAUCAGUUUGGUUUUCACGCGCCUACCUGAUAAGCCCCAAGAAGGACGAAACCGGUCAUGGGCUGUUGAAGAGUUUUCAGCAACCUUGUGA